UUAUCACUGAACCCGACUAUGUUGCGUUCGGAUACCGUGGCGGUAACGUUCGUUACGGCGCUCUCAGCGCGCAAUUGGCGAAGUACUUUAUUUAACUCGCUUGAUAACAGAGUCUCCGAUCUAUUAUCAAUUCGUCCGGCGAGGUAGUCAGUUCAACGCGUGCACGUUACGUUAUGUUUGCGUUCGAAGGGUUUUUUCUUUCCGUCGAGUUAUAACUUUUUUACUACGAGUUGUUUCAAGUUAGAAAGUUAUACUUGUUAUUUUAUUUAAACGAUUUUUCCAUGUAUCGUAUAACAGAAUUUUUAAAUUUCCCGCUAUUUUUACGGCAUACGAGUACAUUUUCGCGUAAUUUAAAUAUGGCAUUUUUAUGUACGCGAUCUUUUGUGGUACUGUUAUAGUUCGAUUCAUCGACACAACUCUAUCUUGGGUGCAUUUUUAACCAUUUUAUUUAAGCCGAACGAAUAUCAAGAAUGGUAGUACAGACGAGCGCUAGCGAAAACGUGAUAUUAAACAGUCUAAUUGGUGUCAUUUUGAUUAUCGCAACGAUCAGUAAUUCCUUAUUGUUAUUGGUAUUCCAUCGUAGACCCGGAUUACGAACGAUUUCCAAUAGAUUCGUAAUUAACUUAUUAAUAACCAACUUGAUAACUUGUUGGAUACUGCUGCCCUUAUUGUUGCUCGACAACGUUUGGAGGAAGAUCGCCGGAGGCGCCGAGUUCGCGGCUUGUAAUUACGUUCCAAUAUGUGCCAUCAAGGAGGGUAUCGCUAUUGCCUUAUGUACUGCGACGGUACUGUCGGUGUUGAUGAUAGGUAUCGAUCAGUAUUUCGCGGUCAUAGAUCCGUUACGGUAUCACUCGUUGAUCAACGCCACCACGUCAGUUAUAAUGAUGGCUGUUUCGUGGACGAUUUCGGUGUUAUUCGGCGUUUUAGGCAGCUUGAGUGUUAACGAGAAAAGCACGUGGUUAACUUGCUCGUCUUUUGAACAAUUCGGUGGCUUCGACUUUCUGCCAAACGCUUACAAGAUGGCAUUUCCUGUAGUAUUCGUGGUUCUGGUAUUUGUUGUGCCUUUCGUGGCUGUUUGCUGGAUCUACAUGAGUAUCUGUUCGGCGGCCCACGAAAACAAUCAACGCACCAAACGUAACGGAUCAGCUAGCAAUUGCGUCGCGGAACAGGCGCCGCUAGAUUAUACGAUCGUCAGCACGAUACACGAAUCAGUCGAGUUCGAUCCAAACGAUAAGAAAUUUGCCAACGUCGAGUUGCCCAGGCCGUUACAUCAUUCGUCUACCAAGAGCAGCCUCAAGAGUACAUCUAGCUCGAUUGUGAACUCAUUACGGCAUCGUAUAUCCAACGCUAGCAUGUUCCGGUAUCGCGAAGAAACCAGAGCGGCCAGAAUCUCGGCUUUGGUCAUCGUGAUGGCGUUAUUUUGUUGGCUUCCGUUUACGCUGAUGAUACUCAUUCAUUCUCCGUUACUGGGCAAAAUCAUGUUGCCGCAUUUCGUCAAACAGCUAGGUAUCCUGUCACUGUCGUCGAACGCUGUCGUCUCGCCGUUCAUAUUCGCCCACCGUAAUCGACGCAUCCAUCGAGAACUCUGUAAGUUAUUUCGUAUCUCAAAACGUCGAACCAGUUUUUACGAUAACUUGAACGCCGUGCGACGCAGCAAAUCCAUGAAAAAACGUCCCAUCUACAAUAAUCCGGAACUGGCCAAAAAGAACACCGAUUUACUCAUCUCGUUGACCGGCAACGAAAUCGAGUGCGUACCAGCUAACAAAAGUCCAGCGUUUUUUCAAAAAGCCGUUUCUAUUUUGAGCAAGGUGUGGAGCGUGACUAAAAUAGAAACGGGAAAUCAGACAGCAUUGCACCUACCGGAAAUCGCCUUGGAAACAGAUACUAGUCGAAGUUCCUUUUCCAGUAAUGCUAGCAGCGGGUCUAAUCAUCGUUCGACGUCGGCCGCCUCAAUAAGCGAUAUCGUCGAAGAAAUCUAGUCAUUUUGCCAACGUGGUACUUUUUAUAGAAACUUCUUCUAUUGUACUGUACGCGUCUCUUAUUCUUUCUCUGUCUCUCUCUCUUGGUCACGAUGAUAUCGUCUCCUCCGCAGCGACAGACGAACGCCUAGUUCGCGCUCUUACAGCCAAAGGAUCGAGUUUGAGAUGGAUGUGUACUUCAGGCAAAUUCGCCUGUAAGAAUACGAGUGAGUGUUAUGGAUUUUAUUGCUGACUGUACAGCUGAAGCUUUCAAGUCGAGGAGAUCAAGCAGCGUGUAGUACGUUGCCGUAAAGGAUGGUUGAAUAAUAUACAUACCUACUAAAUGUACUCGUAUUUAGUUGUUUCUUUCUGUGUAUUACUCGGUGUACUGUAGGUACUCGUGUUGAUGAUGUUCGACGUGUGGUUUGUUUAUUAUUAUUAUUAUUUUUUUUUUACUAUUCGACUUACCUACUUUUUUUGUGAUGAACGAUGUCGAUAUAUGUGUACGACUAAUGCCCAUUGUCAAGUUAGUUUUAGGUGGUUCUUAUUUUUCAAUUCUUAAAACUUUACUACAUCUUAUCCUGCUACUCCUAAAGUUGACGAUUUUUAUAUAGGGAAUAAAUUAUAGUAGUUUUGCUUUCCUCAGAAACAGAGGUCAAGUGAUUCUAAUCUGCUCCGUAGCAAACUAUGAAAAUUUUAAUCGUUAAAAAAAUUGAAAAAUUUUGAGUGAUGAUUCGCAUCAAUUUCUAUCUGGUUUCUUUUAACGGAGAGUGCUUUAAAUAGUUUCAGAACAUUCAAUGAAAAAUAAAGCGAGAACAUCAAGGCGAUUAAUCAGUAAAAAAGGAAAUAUUUUUAAAGGUUGUUCUAGAACUGACGUGAGAGCCGAGAGGGACGUAUAAAUACUAUAAAACAAAUUUUACAAAACGAAUUCAUUUUUAAAAAUAACUUCAAAUUUCAUCUAAAAUCAAUUACAAAGGAAUGAAUGGUGACGAGUGGAAGUAAUGAGAAAAUCUUCUUUUUCUCCUUCUUUCUCUCCCUUCGACUUCUUUUUUGUGAGAACACGCCAAAGUUCAAACCGUUUUCCUAUUCAAGGAAAUGAAACUGACAAGUUGUGAAAGAGUCUUUCAUUUUUUUCAAUCCUUUAAUUUUAGGUGUCAACUUCCCACAUGUCUUGUUGAAAAGAGUCAAAAAUUUGCAGAACCAUUUCUCCGUGAAGAAAUAGAAAAAUUUUAGAGAAAGAUCUUGCAUUUUAGAAUUUUUUUUUUUCAAUUUUAAGCAUCUUUUUGUCAUUUUUCUUUUCGCAAUCAGAAAACAGAAAUUUUGUAGCAUUUUUUUUCUCCAUAAAUAUUGUCAACUACUUAGGUGUAGAGAAGGGAGCAAAAAAUAACCACCAGAAUAAAAAGAACCACCACAAUGUUAACACCUCCUGAAUAUUAAUUGAAUCGCCUGUUCUUUUUAACCUGUACUUUCUUACACAUGAUACGUAUAGGUUGAUAGGUAACCUACCUACCUAAUUAUUAUGCUUCUUUAAAGAUUCGGCAAUUAUGUGGACCAAAAUUUAUACAUAACUACGUCAUUCUAGUUACUUAAUCGUUUUCUUCUUAUUUCGUUGUUUCUUCUUCGUUUCCUCGUAUUUAAAAACUCGACUACGCCGAAUCAUUCGAAUAUCUGCCAAGUAUCGGGAACAGUUUAUAAAUAAAAUUACCAUCGUCGCGUAAUGAGCGGAGAGUUCUCGAGAUUCUAGUUUUUUUUUCUCUGUGAUUUUAAACAUAUUAUUCGUAAAUGAUAUUUAUAAAAUACCUUUUUUCCUUUUUUUUUUGAACGAAUCCUUUUAAUUUAAGAAUUUUUCUAUGUUAUAUCAAUCGUUUGAAAAAAGGAACCCUGUACUAAAAAUACCUAAGCGUAAACUUUUCAAUUCAGGAGGUUAUAUUAUUUAUUGUGGACCGAUAAUUUGAUACCAAAGAGCAGAAUUUUCCUAUUUCAUAAUCCUAUACUUCGAUUCUGCUUAUGUUUAUAUUAUCGGCAUCUUUAAGCUAUGUACCUAUUUUCAUCUACCUAUUAUAAUAUUAGUUUCGUAAACUAUAUAGAGGAAUUUUUCCAAGUCGAAAUUUCAAUUUUGAUUGCGCUUGCGUGUGUCUAUCUUCUAAUCGCGAUUUGAGUAUUUUUUUUUUUUUUAUUUCGGGAGUACCUAACCGUUUCGACUUUUCUGAUAAUUUUUCAACCGACCAAGUCUACACAUCGCUAUUUACAACGCAACUGUAACGAUGAUAUUUUAACGAACAUACCAACUCGGUAGGAUACGAGAAUACCAAAUACAAGAAAACUUCCUUCAAACUCGAUACGAUCACAUUUACAGCCUCAAAAAUACAAUAAUACCGAGUAACGUUAACUCGAAAUUUUUCCACAAAUUGCAUUUAACCGUAAAAAGAUACGUCGGCGUCGGCGUCGUUGAAUUUUUAUUUAUCAGAUCAAUUUUUUCACGUGCGUAAAUUUUCCACAAUGCUGUUCAAAGUUGUACCAAUUUUUAUACGAAUAAGAAUAAUGUUUUAAAUUAUACGAUUAGUAAUAUUUUAUCAAAAAUGACAUUUUUAUGCGCUUGAAAAAUUGUUUCACAACGAUCGUAACAAACAGUUGAAUUUUGACAUGGAUACAUUGUAUGUACUUCAUGCCGAAAAGUUGGCUUUAUAGGUACGAUAACAAUCAUCGGAAAUAAAAUUUAAUUAAUUUUUGAACCCACUCAAAAUGCAAUUAGGUACUACACGUUGUGACAUUGAAUUUGUACACAGGGGUUUCCCCUUUGAUGAAAAUUUUCUAGUAAUUAUGCAUCAACGAGCUACCUAUAAUAGCAAGUCUACGAAUAUACGAGACGAGUAAUUAACGAACAAGUAAAUUACAACUAAAAAAUUACAGAACUAUUUCGUUCCUCUCACACAAAUCAAUAUUCACAGUAAAAGAAACGUUUCCCAAGUUCAUUUCGUCCACUUUUUUUGGGAAUCAUUGAAAAUUUUAAAUGCAACUAUGACGUCGCGUAACGAAUAAGUACAUACAAGUAUUAUGAAACUGGGAAAUUUACUCCUAAGUUAUUAGGUUGAUCAACUUUUUUGACACCGUUUGCUAUAAACGAUGACGGUAAAAACAGAACGAGUUCGAGUCUAUUGGAAAACGUAGCAAAAUUCUUACUUAUACUUAACGAGUUCUCAAAUGAAUUUUUCUAGCAUAUUCUUUUUUGCCAAAUUAUGUUGCGAUUCUAUAAUUAUAAUUAACUUAAUACAUAUUUAUAUAGUAAACUAAAAGAUGAUCGAUAUUAUAACGAAGCAAUGAACCAAGCACAACAAAGGUCAUAGUCCCUGGAAAAAAAGAAAACAAAAACAAUACCUAUAGGUACCUUAUUGUAUACCUAAGUUAAUCAUUAUCGGUUUUGAAAUAUGUAUAUAACAACAAAAUCAUAAUUUAUACCUAAUAGUUGACCUUUUUUUUUUUUUACCAACUGUAAAACUACCUUUGCUUUAUUUUUCGUAUGUGGAAUCGAAUGGAAUCGAAUCGCAGCUAUGUAUUUUGCGUCAUUAUUUAUUUGGUGUAAUCAAAUAUACCUACACUUUUUAACUUUUUUUUCCAAGUUCCUACUAAUAUUUUACAUUUUAACAUUACUUUUUUUGUAAUGUAUUUUUUUAAUUUUUUGUUUUUAUGUGUCGACGAAUUUGUUUCGUAUGUUUGUAAAUGUGUAAACGAGUGCAAAAGUAUGUGAAAUUGUGAAUGUGUUGUGUCGAAGUAUUCUCUUUACUUAUUCUUCUUUUUUUUAUAUGAUUUUUUUUUCUUUUUAUUUUAACUUUCAGUAGUACGCUCGUGCUAUGAAUAUUGUGCCAAUUCGUGAAAAAACUAAAACAUCCUGCGUGUUUUAUUUUAGAUCAAAAUUUUGUACCAAUUGUUUCAAGUUAUCAUUCUUUGUGUUAGGUUUGAUCUCAUUUGUGAUACCUAUUAUAUAUAAAAAUAAAUUAUAUAUUUAGUACUUACUUAUAGAUUGUACGCUUAAAGAUUACCUACCUACUUAAUGUGUAUGUUUUUAAUAUACGAAUUCCAGAAAAUAAAAAAACUCGUCUA